GUUCCUUUUAUUUUAUUGAGCAGCCAGCGACAUGAGUGAAUCUGAUCUGAUUUGUCAGUCUUAUUUAAUAAGAUAUGUUUUACCACUUUUUAUCAUCAUAAUAUGUUGGAAAUAUUUUGGAAAAUAUAUACAAUUUUCGAAAUUUCAUGAUAAAAUCGUUGCGUAUGUCACGAAUAGAAUUGCUCUAUCGCUGAAUAAAUCGAAAUAUGUCAGUACCCUGAAAGAAGACCUUUUCCAACCACUUCACUAUCUAUCAAAGACGGAAUCAAAGUUGAAAAUAGUGGAAAUAGGUGCAGGAUCUGGUGCUAAUUUUAAAUAUUAUCCAGAUAAUUCAGAAAUUAUUUGCGUUGAGCCAAAUGGUUGUUUUAAUCCCUAUUUUAGGGAAAAUCUUCCAAAAAGAUUGCAAGAUAAAGUAAAAUUUGUGAUAGGUAGAGCGGAGGAUAUGGGGAAAAUAAAAACCGGCUCAGUUGAUGCAGUUGUUUGCACUUUAGUACUUUGUUCCGUAGACGAUCAAGCUCAAAGUUUAGCUGAAAUAAAGAGAAUUCUAAAACCUGGAAGGAAUUUUUACUUUUUUGAACACGUUGCCGCACCCUCUGGACUAUCAAAACUAUGUCAAUAUCUCAUCAAAGGACUUUGGUGGAGAGUUGGGCAUUGCAGAACGUUUUCAGAUACAAAACAAAUUGUUAAGGAAGCUGAUUUCUCGAGUAUUGAUACUAAACAAUGCAGAGUUCCUGUCCCAAUAUUUGUUCGUUUUAUGAAGUUUGGACUUGUGGGAACGGCUACGAAGUGA